UUUGAAUUGUUUACCACUUCAUAGACUCACCUGAUUACCUAUCAGUGAUUUUAUCUCCUUUUAUAUUCUAGUUACUAAUUUAGUUUUCCUUCACUGUGGUCCGGGCUAGUAACAGAACAUAAUUAAAAGACGAAUACAUAAAAAUGACUUCUCAGGCUUUUACAGAACACCAGAUUGUACCCGACGUCAUUGACCAGCCACCAACGCAAACAGCUACUGUAACCUAUCCCAAAGCCAAAGUCAACCUAGGCAAUGAAAUCGGACCAGUAAACGUGCGCCAACAACCACAAGUUACAUAUCCAGCUGAAAAAAAUGCAUACUACACGUUAAUAAUGACCGAUCCCGAUGCGCCCAGUAGAACCAGCCCAGACAGAAAGGAAGCUCGUCAUUGGUUGGUGGGAAACAUCCCCGGAUCAGAUGUAUCCAAAGGCCAGGUGAUUUCUGCUUAUAUCGGAUCUGGCCCUCCACAAGGUUCGGGUCUCCACAGAUACAUUUUCUUGAUCUACCAGCAACCAGGAAAGAUAACCUUCGAUGAGAAGCAUGAGAGCGAAACUGAAAUGGGUGAAAGGAUGUCGUUUGUUGUUAGGAAGUUCACUGAGAAAUAUAAAUUGGUUUUAAAGGCUGGUAACUUCUAUCAAGCUCAGUACGAUGACUCGGUGCCAGAGCUUCAUAAACAGCUAGGAUUUACAGCACCAGCAGCUGAUGUUUAAAAUUACACAUGUUUUAAACAUGUAUUGUUUAUUUUGGUGUUAAGCUUGCUGAUGGUAGUACGAAGAAGAAUCAUUUAAAAAAAGGGAUAUAAGAAAAUAUGAAUUAUUUGUGUAUUUAUUAACAAGAUACCUAAAUAUCAAACAUUAUAUUUUUCUGUAUCUGAAUAAAAAAAGGUAUUAAAGAAGA